AUGUGCCCAGAAAAAUAUUCCAAACAUUCCCUAGAGCUGGAGUUGCUGGUGCCCAACGCCCCAGAUUACAUUCGAACCAUCAAGGAAUUGAAGAGUUCCCUGGAUAAAUGCAAGAACGAGAACGCGCAGCAGAUCUUGACCAACACCACCAUCAUGGUGGUCAGCAUGGUGGCAAGGGGGCAGCAACUAUCAGAGGAGCUGGGCAGGAUUGAGGACACAUGUGACUUGGCGCUGGCCCUGUGCUGGGCCAAGCUGUGCAUCUAUGAGUACGUGGAGUCCCGGGUGCCCUUCAUCACUCCCAACCUCUCCCUCAUCCUCGGGGACUCCGUGGCUGCCAAGAAGGGGGUGGCAGGGGGCCUGACCCUGCUUUCCAAGCUGCAACAUCCUCCUGCUGGGAGCUUCUCCUCCACCUCUGUCCUGCCUCACACCAGCUUCAUCCACCACAGCAACAUUGCCCAGGCCCGGCCGCUGGAUUUGAGGAGGAAGGAGGCACAGCUCAUGGCGGCCAAGUGCACGCUGGCAGCCAGCGGGGACAGCUGCCAUGAGAGCAGGACAGGAACAGGGUACAAGCUGAGGGAGGGGAUUGAGUGCAAGUUGGACAAAUGGCAGGAGCCCCGCCCCGCUGAAGCCACUGCCAGCGCUGCUGGAUGGGCUGAGGGAGAGGGGAAGGGCCAAUGGUAGCGGAAGCUGAAGGAACGCUUGGGGCUGAGGGAAGAGGCCAACAGAAUGAGCUUUGGGGAGGUGGAGGAGGACAUCUACCAGGAAGAGCUCGGGUUUAGCCUGGGCCACCUGGGCAAGGCCAGUGGUGGCCACCUGCGCCAGACUCAGGUCAACGAGGCCACCAAGGCCCAGAUCAGGAAAGCCCUGCAGAGGACCCUGCAGAAGCAGAGUGUCAUCCACAGGGGAAAAGCCACAAUCCAGGACCACAGCUCAGGUAUGGCCUCGAGCAUGGCCUUCACCCCCCUUCAGGAGUUGGAGAUUGUGAACCUACAAGCAGCCAGGAAGAAAGUGGCUGAGACCAACCAGAAAUAUUUCUCCUUCAUGGCCACGUUUGUCAAGGUGAAGGGGAACAAAAAUGGGAUCCCCAAAUCCCCAAGGAUUCCCCCCCAGUGUCACUUUGCCAAAUUUUUAGAAAUAUUAGAAUUUGUGGUUGGAGCAUCUUGGGGAGAUUGA